AUGAGCUUGUUGUCUUCUAUUGUGAAGCAGUGCGACAAAGCCGCUGAUAUUGUGAUUGUUGUCGAUUCUUCUGGUUCAAUCACGAGAACCGACUACGGAAAAAUGAAGCACUUCAUAGCAAACGUUAUUGGAUCUUUUGAAGACGACAAGGUUCAAUUCUCAGCUGUCCGAUUUGCAACAAAUGUGGACACCAGAAACAAAAUACUGUUUGGAGAGUAUGGCAUAUCUGACAUGGUGGAAAAGGUCGAGCUACUUCCAGGUCCAGGAGGAAAAACUGCUCUUGGAGCUGCUCUCACCUACACAAGGACGGCAAUGCUGAGACACCACAACAGAGACAAAGUGCCCGACAUGGUCUGGGUAAUAACGGAUGGAGACGCGACAGAUUCAGUCAAGAAAGCGGCAAGAUUACUCAGAAAACAAAAAGUUGAGAUCAUCGCACUUGGAAUCAAACAGCCUGGAGAACCGUUAUCCAUUAAACAACUAGAAGAAAUAACUGGCAACCCUGAUAACGUCAUCGAAGUCAAAGGAAUGGAAUCGCUCAAAGAGGAAUUGAGAGGCCGAAUCGUUGGGAAAAUCUGUAAAUUCUCAUGUCCUCAUUAUCCACCAACUACGCCACCGCCACCACGUGAGUAUAAGAUUGUUCAUUGA